GCUGUGUAGAUGGCGGGGCAGUGAUGGUAUCAGGACAGCUGAGCUAUGUAGAACUGGACUUAAGCAGACUUGGAUUCCAGACGGAGGCCAACAGGGUGAGUGAUCCUCUCUCCUCCAUUUCAGUGGUCCACUCAGCACAGAUCCUUUUCCUUCUUACAAGAACUGCAGCCGUCGUCACGACGCACUUCAAACCCAACGGAUUGUGUCUUUUUUUAGUCACUUCUUUCAGGUUUUUGGCAAUUCUCCGGUGGUCUGCCCCUCACCCCCCUUGUGGUCUGGAACAAUGGCUCUGGGAGUUCUCAAUCCACCCAUGAAAAGUUCCCCCCGGGAGAGUGAAUGUUUGGACAGCAGUUCCACGGAGGAACCGGAACCGGAACCGGGACCUCCACUGAAAAGCUAUCUUCUUUUAAGCAUGUUUACCUGCUUGUGUCCUGCUUACCCUGUCAACAUUGUCGCCUUGGUCUUCUCUCUCAUGUCUAGGAGCAGCUACUACAACGGCGACUACGACGGCUCGCUGCGUCUGGGCAAGAACGCUCUCUAUGUGGCCAUCGCCUCCAUCAUCAUCGGCCUCCUCAUCAUCGCCAUCAUCUGCGUGCUCCACUUUACGCCCAUGUAUCACUGAACAAGACUUACGUUUGGACUGAACUGAAUGGACGACGCUCAAGUUUCCUCUUCUCCAGAUGGAGACUUGUGGAUAUUCCCCAUCACGGUCUUCACCGCGGACUUUACAGCAAGAGAAGCCGCGAUUACUGUCAGGUUUAAGCAUCGAACUAUCUGUUAAACAGAACAAGAAGCAAGGAAUCAGGCAGAGACAGAGUUCAAUUUUGCUCAUGAGGAGAACGCAUGGCACUGCACACUCAGUUACAGUCUCACCCUACGCUCUGAGGAACAGCC